UAUCGUGGUCGUCUGGUUACAGAGAUGAAACCGCGAAGCAAGGAAGCAUCCCCGCCAGCAAGUUCUGUCCUGGAGCAACAGGAUCCCCUUUGUCGGUGGCCAAGUAGGCCUGACUCGCUGUCUAGUCAUAUAGCUAGUCAUGUAUUAGUCCAGUCAGCAGCGUAUGUAUGUAUGAUAUAUAAGCUCGUGAAGCGGCUUGUUCUGCCGUGCGAUGUAGAAUUCUGUAGAGACCUGACCAAGGGCAGCAACUUGCGGGCGACAAGGUUGAGGGAAGAUCCGAAUCUUGGAAGAGGACGGCCUGGGUUCUUUUCACUGUCUCGUAACAACUCCUCGCUUUAUUCUCUUCUUCUCUCCUCCCCUUUGUAUAUAUAAUAUCGGCCCAUUGUCUGCUAUCGGUGAUAUAAAGCUAGUUAGUGAGACUCCGUGUCUCUGAUUCUCGCCGCUUCGCCUUCGCACAGUUUUGGCAUUUUGAUACAUAGACAAACGCCAGCAAACCACCCAGAUGAGACGCAGAGCUUAGAACUGCCUGGUUUAAGGCCCUCGAGAGACAUCUGCAGGCCCGUCUUUGACGGAAUCACCAGCUAUAUACACACCUCAAACAUCCGAUCUGAAGAAAAGCAAAGAGAACAUGGCGAUCGUGACCGAGACGGAGGUCAGCCACAGCACCGCAGCAGCGCUCCGGGAAAAGACCAACAUCGGGCUCAACGGACGCGGGAACUCGCUACAUGAGAAGGAGAAGCAGAAUCAGCAUCAUCAGCAGCAUCAGCAUCGUUCGGCCGGCCAGAAGCUACGCAGCAAGUACCGCCAUGUCGCGGCGUACCACUCGGAGGUGAAGCCAUCAUGUCUAAGCCGCGAGACCGAAAAGACCCCCAGCUUCCUGGGCUUCAGGAACCUGAUGGUCAUCGUGCUGAUCGUGAUGAACCUACGGCUGGUAGUCGAGAACUUCAUGAAGUACGGCGUCCUCAUCUGCAUCCGCUGCCAUGACUAUCGCAAGCAGGACCUGGUGCUGGGCGCGGUCCUCUACGCCCUGGUACCCUGCCACCUGUUCGUGGCGUACCUCAUCGAGCUGUUGGCCGCCCAGCUGGUGAAGGGGACGAUUGGACGUGUGAAGAGAGACGAGGCCUCGUCGUGCACGAGCAAGGAGCUUUCGGCGCUGCAGACGACCUGGGCGUAUGUUGCGUUUGCGCAUACGGUCAACGCCAGCCUGUGUCUCCUGGUGACUACGUAUGUGGUCUACUACUAUAUACAUCACCCGGGCAUCGGGACAGUGUGCCAGCUGCAUGCUAUCAUCGUCUGGCUGAAGAACUGCUCGUAUGCGUUUACCAAUCGGGACCUUCGACAUGCGGUGCUCAACCCGUCGCCGGACAACAGGCUGCCGGAGAUAUACAUGUCUUGCCCGUACCCGCACAACGUCACGAUAUCAAACCUGUCUUACUUCUGGCUGGCGCCGACUCUGGUGUAUCAGCCUGUAUACCCGCGGACCGAGCGUGUGCGGUGGUCGUUUGUAGCCAAGCGGGUGCUGGAGCUCGUUGGGCUGGGGGUGUUUAUCUGGAUUAUUUCGGCGCAAUAUGCGGCUCCCGUGCUGCGCAAUUCGCUGGACAAAGUCGCCAUGUUGGACUGGGUGUCUAUCCUGGAGCGGAUGAUGAAGCUAUCGACCAUCUCGCUGGUGAUCUGGCUAGCGGGAUUCUUUGCCUUGUUCCAGUCCUUCCUGAACGCUUUGGCAGAAGUAAUGCGGUUUGGAGACCGGGAGUUCUACAGCGAAUGGUGGAAUAGCCCCAGCGUAGGCUCGUACUGGCGCUCCUGGAACCGACCUGUGUACCAUUUCAUGAAACGACAUAUCUUCUCCCCGCUUGUUGGGCGAGGAUGGAGUCCGUUUGCCGCCAGUCUUGUCGUCUUCACUUUCUCUGCCGUCUUGCAUGAGGUGCUCGUCGGGAUUCCAACGCAUAACAUCAUUGGCGUCGCCUUUGCCGGAAUGAUGCUGCAGCUCCCUCUGAUAGCUGCCACGGUGCCCCUAGAGAAAAUGAACGGCCAGGCCGGGAAGAUAAUAGGCAACUGUGUCUUCUGGCUCAGCUUCUGCCUUGUCGGCCAGCCGCUGGGGGCGCUGCUGUAUUUCUUUGCCUGGCAGGCCAAGUACGGCAGUGUCAGCAAGCAGGUCUUUUCCCAGGGUCCAUGA